CUGGUCGGUGCGCGGUUCUGGGUAUUUAUCCUCGCCCCACGGAAUCCCGCGGCCGAGUGUCGAAUGUGCGGCCGGAAGUGCGGGCCCAGUGACUCGGCAGGAGAAGAUGGCGUCCGUGUGGGACGAGGCCGAGCAAGAUGGAAUUGGAGAGGAAGUGCUCAAAAUGUCCACAGAGGAGAUUAUUCAGCGGACUCGUCUGUUGGACAGUGAGAUCAAGAUCAUGAAAAGUGAAGUGUUACGCGUGACCCACGAACUGCAGGCCAUGAAAGACAAGAUCAAAGAGAACAGUGAAAAGAUUAAAGUGAACAAGACCCUGCCCUACCUUGUCUCCAACGUCAUCGAGCUGCUAGAUGUUGACCCCAAUGACCAAGAAGAAGAUGGUGCAAACAUUGACCUUGACUCCCAGAGAAAGGGCAAAUGUGCUGUGAUCAAAACCUCCACCCGACAGACCUAUUUCCUGCCAGUGAUUGGUUUGGUGGAUGCAGAGAAGUUGAAACCUGGAGACCUGGUGGGAGUAAAUAAAGACUCCUACCUGAUCCUGGAGACCCUGCCCACUGAGUAUGAUUCCCGAGUGAAGGCCAUGGAGGUGGAUGAGAGGCCCACAGAGCAGUACAGUGACAUUGGAGGACUGGACAAGCAGAUCCAGGAGCUCGUAGAGGCUAUUGUAUUGCCAAUGAACCAUAAAGAGAAAUUUGAGAAUUUGGGGAUCCAGCCUCCAAAGGGAGUAUUGAUGUAUGGACCCCCAGGUACUGGAAAGACCCUGCUAGCCCGAGCAUGUGCCGCCCAGACCAAGGCCACCUUUCUGAAAUUGGCUGGACCCCAGCUGGUCCAGAUGUUCAUCGGGGAUGGAGCAAAGCUCGUCCGAGAUGCCUUUGCAUUGGCCAAAGAGAAAGCUCCCUCCAUUAUCUUCAUUGAUGAACUGGAUGCCAUCGGAACCAAGCGCUUUGACAGUGAGAAAGCAGGGGAUCGAGAAGUUCAGAGGACGAUGCUGGAACUCCUGAACCAGCUGGAUGGAUUUCAGCCUAACACCCAGGUCAAGGUGAUUGCUGCUACAAACAGGGUGGACAUCCUGGACCCUGCCUUGCUGCGCUCUGGUCGUCUGGACCGCAAGAUUGAGUUCCCCAUGCCCAACGAGGAAGCCAGAGCCAGGAUCAUGCAGAUCCAUUCCCGAAAGAUGAACGUGAGCCCCGAUGUGAACUACGAAGAGCUGGCUCGCUGCACUGACGACUUCAAUGGGGCCCAGUGCAAAGCUGUGUGCGUGGAAGCGGGAAUGAUUGCGCUUCGACGGGGGGCCACUGAACUCACCCAUGAAGACUACAUGGAGGGCAUCCUGGAGGUGCAGGCCAAGAAGAAAGCCAAUUUGCAGUACUAUGCUUGACAGGGCUGCGGAGCCCGCUGGCCCCACGCCUGGGUCUUACCAGUAAAAGUAGUAACAAUAAAGGAGGUUGGGGUUGUUUUCUUGCAA